GUGGCUCUCAGUAUCCGCCUGAGGUUCAUUCGCACCACACACGAUUGGUUUUACGCUUGUUUUUUUCGGAUCUGUAGUUUUAGAAUAGCUAUGGGUAUCAGUAUCUUGUUACUUUCGGUGCUGGCAGCCCUGAUUGGCUAUCUCUUUCUACGACUGCGUCGAAAUCUACAAUACUGGAAAAACUUGGGCAUACCAUGUGAUGACCCUCAUCCGAUAUUGGGCAGUUUAAGAGGUAUUCACACUACACGCUCAUUCCCAGAGGUGUGGCUGCAGUAUUACAGUAAGUACCGAGGAACGGGACCAUUUGCUGGUUUCUAUUGGUUCCUACGCCCAGCUGUCUUUAUUCUGGAACCAUUUUUGGUGAAGCACAUUUUGAUCAAGGAAUUCAAUAAGUUCACGGACCGCGGAUUCUUCAAUAACCCGGAGGAUGAUCCGUUGUCUGGCCAGCUAUUCCUAUUAGAUGGUCAUAGAUGGAAAUCUAUGAGGAAUAAACUUUCAUCUACAUUCACGUCUGGUAAAAUGAAGUUCAUGUUUCCCACAGUCGUCAAAGUGAGUGAUGAAUUUGUGGAUGUCUUUGGUGAUAUGGCCAAAAAGUCAUCAGUUGUCGAGGUUAGGGAACUCCUGGCACGAUUCACAACAGAUGUUAUCGGAACUUGUGCUUUUGGCAUUGAGUGCAGCAGCCUCAAGGAUCCCGAGGCAGAGUUUCGUGUUAUGGGCCGAAAGGCUUUAACCGAUCUACGUCACAAUAUGCUGGGACUUACGUUGCUCAAUAGUUUUCCCAAAUUUGCACGUAGUAUCCACAUGAAACAGACCCCGGAACACAUUGAAAAGUUCUUCAUGAGGAUUGUAAAAGAAACCGUAUCCUACAGGGAGGAGAACAAUAUUCGACGUAACGAUUUCAUGGAUCAGUUGAUAGACUUGAAGAACAAUCGUUUGAUGAAAUCGGAGACAGGAGAGAGCAUGAGCCUUACAAUUGAGGAAAUUGCAGCCCAGGCUUUUGUCUUCUUCAAUGCUGGCUUCGAAACAUCUUCCACUACGAUGGGAUUUGCAUUAUACGAACUGGCUCAAAGUCAGGACAUUCAGGAUCGAUUGAGGAAAGAGUGUAAUGAGGUGUUGGCUAAGAAUAAUGGAGAGUUGACCUAUGAGAAUCUGAAGGAAAUGGGAUAUCUCUGUCAGGUUAUAUCGGAAACUCUUCGUCUCUGGACUGUUUUACCCGUUCUAAAUCGUGAAUGCUUGGAAGAUUUUGUUGUGCCGGGUUAUCCAAAUUAUGUUAUCAAGAAGGGCAUGCCCGUGAUAAUUCCCGCUGGUGCUAUGCAUCGCGAUGAGAAGUUUUAUCCUGAUCCAGACCGCUUCAAUCCCGAUAAUUUUACGCCCGAACGCGUUAAGAACCGUGACUCUGUGGAGUGGCUUCCAUUCGGUGAUGGACCUCGCAACUGCAUCGGAAUGCGAUUUGGCGAAAUGCAGGCUCGCAUUGGCCUGGCAAAACUUAUAACGAACUUCAAGUUUUCGGUAUGCGAUCAAACAACAAUACCCAUUAAAUACGAUAUUAAGAGCUUCCUGAUAGCAAGUGCGUCGGGUAUUUAUCUGAAAGCCGAGCGAGUUUGAUUAAUACUCAUAUCAAAAUUGUAUAUAAAAUACAAUAAAAUUAAACUUAUCAUUAUACCUAUCAUUAUAUACACUAAAUAUGAUUCAGUGGAAAAGUGCUAGAAGAAUAAGCCUACAGUUUCAGCAGGUUUUGUGGUCAAAGGUCACUAAUUGUUAAUGAUAAA